AUGACUAUUAUUGGAGAAGUAUUAUCAAUAUUUAGAGUGACACAGUCGAUUGGUUUUGAUGGCAGUAUCAUGAGAUUAGAUACUGGUAUUGUUGUUAUUAUUUUAUAUUCUUGCUGUGCGGUAAUUGAAAUUAACGUACUUCGUGAAAAGAUGUUCGGUGUGUACUCUCGACUCAACGCAGCGCCACUAACACCAGACAUAGUUUUCACAGCUCUUGCAUUGAUCAAUUUACUAAUUCAACCAUUCGGGUUAAUGCUAACGUUUGGGAAAAACAUGGUUCAAAUGUUGGCUGCUUGCAAGAGGCUUGAAGAUUUCAUGUCGGCGGAGGAAAUGGGUAGAUAUGCUGAUCAAACCUAUAUAGUGGACGACAGUAUGUAUAGCAGUACCGUUCAUGACAUAACUGAGGAAUAUGAAAUGAAUGCAUUUGAUACAAAGCUCACCACUCCAUUAGUGCGAAGCGUGUCGCAACACAAUUAUCGGGCAACACAUCAAAUUAAUUCACUAUUAUUCACCGGUACUGCUGAACAGAUAGAAACCAGUGACGUCGCAGUUGAAGUUCGUGGAACAUUGACAAUUGUAGUUGGCAAAAUUGGUACUGGUAAAUCAUCUCUAAUGGCUGCAAUUCUGGGAGAAAUGGAUACAAUAUCAGGAAGUGUUACGUUUAAUGGAGAUAUUAAACGUUUAGAGCAUAUUACUUCAUCGCCAGUACUUUCUUAUUUUGGUGAAACGUGCACAGGUCCUGUCUAUCCUUCAGAAAAUUGGCCAAACAAAGGAUCCAUCAACAUACAAAAUAUAACAGCACGGUAUGCAAGUACUUUGGAUCCAGUAUUAAAUAAUGUAAGCAUCAAAAUCAGAGCUGGCGAAAAGAUUGGUAUAUGUGGUCGAACUGGCAGUGGAAAGUCGUCACUCACUCUUACAUUAUUAAGGAUGAUCAAUAUUAUUGAAGGUCGUAUCGUUAUCGAUGGUAUCGAUAUAUCAACUAUUCCUGUAUUGACACUUCGCCGUAGAAUGUCUAUUAUUCCACAAGAUCCAGUUCUUUUCUGUGGCACUUUACGGUUCAAUUUAGAUCCUGAACAAAAGUAUGUCGACCAGGAUUUGUGGAAUGCUCUCGAAAUUGCACAAUUGAAAGACUACGUGCUUGAUAUGGGUGAACAGUUAGAUACGAUUGUUACAGAAGGAGGCGACAACAUAAGCACUGGACAGAGGCAGUUAAUUUGCCUAGCUAGGGCCUUCCUGCGAAAAAGCCGUAUCCUUAUCAUGGACGAAGCCACUGCAUCUGUUGAUUUACAAACAGUAAGUUGUGACCACACAUGAUAGCACGUUCUCUGUAGAGACUGGAAGGAAUAGGUCAGCAUUUUAAACAAAUGUCUCAUGUUUGUAUUACUAGCGUUUGACCGAACAUUC